AUGAGGAUCUGGAUCUCUCUCACAUUGGUGCUACUGUGUGCGGAACUCCAAAAUGGCGUCUGCCAACAGAUCAAACGGAAGAAGGAAGCGGGAGAGAACCGCAUCAGGCCUGGACGCAGACGGGUCAAAGUCCGUUAUCCUAAAAUAAAGGAGAAGGAGGUCCCUGUUAAGGGCCAGUCCAUUCUCACCCAGGUCCUGGACAAAGGCCGAUUUCUCCGACUUGGUGAGACCAUUUCCUUGAACCCUGGAAAAGCCCUGGAACUGCGGUGCAAGGGGACUAAAAUUGGCUGGGCUUAUCCGUCUUAUCUAGACACUUUCAACGAUACUCGUCUGAGCAUCAAGCAACAUGAAAAGUACAGUCAGUUGAUCUUGACGUCGCCCUCUGCUGCUGACACGGGGGAGUACAGCUGCUGGGUCAUUCUGUGCGAUGGCGAUGAAUGUGAAAAGGACCCUGACCGUAUUUCUGCCACCUACAUUUACUUUACCGACAAAGAAGAGUUGUUUGUACCCUCUGCCAUUCACUUUGACAUUGUCUACAUGCGGCCUGACAAGCCUGCCAUUGUGCCCUGUCGGGUGACCACUCCUCAGGCCAAAGUAUCGCUACACAGGGAGGUGCCGGCAGAAGAGGUCCCUGCGGAUGGGAACCUAAUCUCCUACGAUCCCCAAAAGGGCUUCAUCUUCCAAAACCCCAGCCCAGAGCAUAAGGGAGCCUUUUACUGCAAGGCUAACAGCACUGCCAAACCCACACCACAAGUCUCCACCAAAUACCAGCUACUCUAUGUCGAGGUGCCUGGUGGUCCACCCUUUGCGACCGUUGAAGCCUCCUCCAAUUCUGUUAGUGGAGGUGACAUUUUUAACGUCACUUGCACAGUCCUGGGAGAACCUGAGAUGGAAGUUAACUUCUACUGGACCUUCCCUGGCCAGGGCCUGCGGCCAGAGAGCGUCCAUGACUCUUGGCGGUUGAUAAACAGAGGGGUCAGGUACACCACGCGCAUCUCCCAGAGCGUUCUCACGGUGGAUGACGUGGAAACCAUUGACUUUGGCAAAUACAUCUGCACAGCCAAAAACAAGCACGGAGAGACAUCGGUGGCUACGCAGGUGAAACCGAAUUAG